AUGCCCCCGCGUCCGCCCACACACAGUCACAGCCUCCCAGAAGGCUUCUACAUUUCAAGAUGGAAGAUUCCCGGUCGUGCGGAGGCUGAUUUCGGCCGAUUCGAUGCCAAAACAGUCGUUCGGAAAGUGUACAUCAUGUUCUCCAAGAGUGAAUUACCGAUUGCCCAAGAAAACCAGGAGAUCAUGGACCUGGUCGAACCAAACGAUCCUUUGCCUCAUUGGUUUACAGAGGAAGACCUUGCGACUUAUGGAGCCUUGUACGAGAAGUCGGGUUUUCGGACCGCCCUUCAGGUCCCUUACAGGACAAUGGGCACACAGGAUGAAAUAGUGGAUCCUGUAGUUAAGGUCCCUGCGCUGUUGAUUAUGGGGGAGAAGGAUUAUGUGUUGAAAUUUCCGGGGAUCGAGGACUACAUUAAGAGUGGGACAGCAAAAUCGUGUGCGCCCGAUUUGGAGAUUAUGUUCUUGCCUGGCGGGAGUCAUUUUGUUCAAGAGCAAUCGCCCGAUGAGGUGAACAGCAUUAUCCUCAACUUCCUCAAAAGUCACACGUAA